CCCCGACUACCCACAAAGCCCCGCACCUCCGGUCACCUCCUCCUCCUCGCCGAUAUGGCCUGCUCCCACCUCGCCGCCGCCUCUUCCCCGGCAGCCGCCGCCGCCUCCGCCUCUGUGCGCUCCCCGGCGACCUCCCGCGUCUCCGCUUUCGCGCGCUUCCCGGCGACGCCCCGCCUCCCAAGUGGUGCGUUGUUCGUUAGGGGUGGGAGGGCGGCGUCCCCGGUGGUCGUCACCGCGGGGCCAGCCGCGGCGGCGCCGGUGGCCGACCUGGACGGCCGCACGGCCACGGAGAAGCAGCCCAUCAUUGUCAUCGAUAACUACGACAGCUUCACCUACAACCUGUGCCAGUAUAUGGGGGAGCUUGGAUUAAACUUUGAGGUGUAUCGCAAUGAUGAACUGACCAUAGAGGAUGUAAAGAGGAAGAACCCAAGAGGAAUUCUUAUUUCUCCAGGGCCUGGUGAACCACAAGAUUCAGGUAUAUCAUUGCAGACUGUUCUGGAACUAGGGCCAACCAUCCCAAUUUUUGGUGUUUGCAUGGGUUUGCAGUGCAUCGGGGAGGCUUUUGGAGGAAAGAUUAUCCGUGCUCCUUCUGGUGUGAUGCAUGGAAAAAGCUCUCCAGUUUACUAUGAUGAAGAAUUAGGAAAGGCCUUAUUCAACGGCUUGCCAAACCCUUUUACUGCUGCGAGAUACCACAGCUUGGUCAUUGAGGAGGAGACCUUCCCACAUGAUGCUCUGGAAGCCACUGCGUGGACAGAAGAUGGACUUAUCAUGGCUGCUCGCCACAAGAAGUACAAGCAUAUCCAGGGAGUCCAGUUCCACCCGGAGAGUAUCAUCACCCCUGAAGGCAAGAGGAUCAUCCUCAACUUCGUCAGAUUCAUCGAGGAACUGGAGAAGCAGCGUUCCGAGGCGAACUAGAUGAAAGUGGUUUGAUAGAUCAGGCAAAUCAGGAAAGGCGCUUAAGCCGCUUAGAAUCCAGGGCUGACAAUGAAGAGAAUCAAUAGAAGAGCUUCCCUCUGUCAUUCGUUUCGUUCAUUGUACCAUAAUCCUUGUGGAGCGCGAUCUCGAAUAAACUUGAUCCAAACAAAUAAGCAUCGUUGUUGGUGCUCUUUCCAUGAAUAAAUCGAUUCUCUUUGGCGAA